AGAAACGCGUUCCUUCUCAGGUUGAACAGGUUCAUGCGAUGAGUUUCAUAUAAAGGCUUUGUGUUUACGCAAGGAGUCAAGUAGGUGUGUUUAACUAAGGUUUUCGACAAAUUGAUAUUUCCUGCAUGUGACAAUAGAUCAACUGUCACCUUAGUUCAAAUCCAUGAAAGAAGGCACCGCAUGAAUUGUUUUACGCUCAAAAAAGAAGACUAAAAAGCGGGCUCAAAGCAGACGAUACGUUCUUUCCUUGUACAAACUUUGGAAGUGAGAAUGAGGUGGUCCUCUGAGAUGGGCUUUGUUCAGGCAUUCAGCGUGCUGUCGGUACGAACAGUUUUAUUUAUGACGUUCAUAAGCGUGUACUGCCUAUCUAUGCUGACACUUUAUAAUAAUACUGGACAAUCGUUCGAUUCUGCAAAUCCAAUACUCCAGCAGGAAGUGAAUGAACAUCGUGCAAUGAAGUGUUACGACUUAUUUACAGUGCAAACAGCAUUUGAGUUUAGUAAUUACGCUCCAAUCGUCCGAAAAAAUAUGGAAGUUUUGAAGAACACGUGGAAGAACUGGACGAUAAAACCAUACAAAGAACUCCAGAACACCUUACCAUCUCUGAUAGAAAAGGUAAAGCCAAAUUUUGAUGCAGACAUUUUGUUACGAAAGUUUUACAAAAAUAUCACGGAGGCCAGUUCCUUGAUGAGCAUUGCACUAAAGCGAAUCAAAUAUGGUGGUUACGUUAGAAUGUUAGAUGCGGGAAUCGAGUCCAUAAAGCUCGCCAUGCUUCACCAACAACGAGAAUAUUCCUACAAGUUGAAGUCGAGGGGUAAUCGUGUGGAGCAGUUACACGGCCAGCUGCCGUAUGUGCCGUGUCGCAUCAAGACGCAGUUCAGCGAAGGGGAGCUGAAGCAGUGCUUCCGAAGGGCGGCGGAGGGGCGCGACACUCCCUACACCAUCGUCUUCAUGGGCGACUCCAAGAGCAGGAGACUUUACGAUAGCUUCGUCACACAAACGAAGGAACUGAACUACACAAUAAGUACAAAGGGAGUCAGAAGAACGUUCGUCGAGGGUCUGCUGCACUUCGAUCCUGAGGCACCGUACGAGGAAGCUGUUCCCAACGAUCUACCGCAGAUCAAAGUCGUGAAUAUAUACAGCCGCUUCGAUGACCGAAAACUGAAAGAAUUUGCCUACAAUAAAGCCUUGAAGAAAAUCGUGUCAUGGACGAAAGGAGACGAACCGCCGCCAGAUGUCCUUACCCUCAGUUAUGGGGACUGGAUCUUCUUCAUCGUGGACCGCCACAUCAGGGAAGGCAUGACAUUACUCGACGCCCUGGACUUUAGCUGGACGAUCAACGAACUUUUGCUGCGCCUACUGAAGCGGCUGAGCCGCACCACACGUAUACUGGUGCUGGCCCAGUACAGGCACCAGCCUCACGCUUCUAACAUUCUCAGCACAAUUAGAACGCAGACAUCUAUAGACGGAGUCAAAUCUGAGUUGUUCUACAGGCAACUGAUGCAUCUUUGGGAGAAUAUUAUUGGGCCAUUGAACCGAUCAGGAGUUUCUGAGAAACGUCCAGCAGCGAUGAGAAAGAAACAUCAACCUCAGGUCAAAGCCGUGAAAAUUCUGCAUUGUUCAGAAUCUGCGACAGGUCUGACGUUCUAAUAUUAAAAGUUGACAAACCGUCAAUGUCUCUACGAUGACUCGGGCAAUUUUGGAUGUUCUGUACAGUGACAAUGGAAUGAACCCGAAGAACAAGAGUCAGCAUUUCUUCCUUACCUACCUUACUAAGGCGAAGAGAGAAAUCAAAAGACAUUUUUAUGAUACUUCCAAACAUAGAUAUCCAGAAAUAUAUGAUGGACUUGAUGAUGAAGAGCAACAAGAAGGCCCAUGGUUCUGGGACACAAGCUUGCCUUUAGCUCAAGCGACGGAGGACGAGUGCGAGGAACUAUACCGACACGACCCAACGACCGCAGGUCUCUUGCCUAAACUGGAGACGGUGGCGCGGACAGGGAACGUCAGGUUCAUGGUGGAUCUUCUUACCCAGAUGGGGGUUGACCCGCAGAAAAUAAUAGAUCAUAUGAAGGAUCCCCAAACAGCCAGUGUCAAAAUAGCGUCCGAAAGCAAAUACAAAAAAUAUUUUGCCAUCUUUCGACCAUCCGUUUACAAUUCCACAUUUUUACCUCCCGAAGCUAAUCAAUAUUUUAUAAAUUUUGUUACGGCGUACGCGACGAGCCAAUUGAAUUGCAUGGACUUUAAUCAUAAAGACCAUGCUACAAUGCAAGUAGAAGUAAGUCAGGUACUGAACUUGGUGUGUAAUAAAUAUAUUAGUCUGCCACAUGAAUAUUGCUGUGUAUAAUAAAAUUAGUCUUAUCUACUGAAUUUGUCUUAACA